GGGAAUGUCAGUCGGUCAUUCAAGCGAAAGAGAACCAGUAGCUCAUGUGUGUCACUGCUCCUCGUGGCCGGGCCACCCACAUUCAUCGACACACGACACAACGUACCACUCUCCUGCCCUCACCAAAGUCUAUGCAACAGACAUGUGUGCCAUCUAAGGCACACAUGUCUGUUGCCGCAGGCUUUGGUCAGCAUAGCAGAGGAUGGCACACAAAUGUCGCCCGCACACAACCACACACCCGACACACAGCGUCUCAUCCAUCCGUCCAGGCAUGGCACUCACACCAUUCUGUUCGCCACGCCAUUCCCUGUGUUGACUGCUGUGGCUGUCUCGUCACGGCUAGUCAUCACCCUCGCCGCCCUGUGUCCAUCACAAGCACCGUUGAAUGGACACAUGACGACACCGGCGACGUCCAACCAUUCCGAGACCACCACAUACACAUCACGCAGGGCUUGCUAAAUGUCUUUCUGCCACCCCUCCUCAAGCACCCACUCAUCGCGCCGACCAAACGGCACUCAUCGGCAGGCACCCCUCCAUUCACAAGCAGCAGCCAGAAAGUAAGUAGGCAAGUGGACUAAUUACAUGCGAUCGAUAGACGGACACGCGCUGCGCCUCGUCGUGUCGUCGCAGCGAGAAGGCACGUGGGCGGUGAGAAGAAAGAGAUGGGCUUUAGAGAGAGCGACCGGCACCAUUGGAUCGUGUGCAGGUCUAUCAUCCGAGGAAGUUGAUGACGGUGAGGAAGAGCACCAGGUUGCACACGAGGUAGUCGGCGAACGCCCUCUCGGCCGUGAUCUUGAACUCCUCAGGAUCCAUCAGCUGCACUCGCAAACCAACUGACACACACACAACAAACAAAACACACGUGUGCCUUCCGUCUGUCGUCUUGUCUUUCUUGUGUGCAGCCAACAUCCCCCUGGCUGGCUGACUGACUUGUGAGCGUCAUGGAGCCGACGCAGCAGAUGAAGCCCGAGAGGAAUGAGUUGAAGGGGAAGCUGCCGACGAUGAAGCAGUACAGCAGCUGCACCACCGCCGUGUAGCCCAGGAAGAUCACCAGCAGGUCCAGCAGCUUCACACGGUCCGGCGUCACCUUCUUGUACUGCUGAAACCCGCUCUUCGCUAUGUCUGUCAAAGUGCUUACGAACCCACUCAGCGCCUUCAUGAUGGGAAGAGAUCCGCUCUCCCGGCCGCUCUCGUCGCUCGAAAAAG